AUGGCAUCCUCAACCUUACAGAAAAUGCUCUCCCUUGUUUCCCUGCUCCUCUUGGUUAUGUUGAUUUCUUCAGACCAUGUUUCUUCUUAUUCUAAUGAAGAAACACAAGCUCUUCUCAAAUGGAAAGCUAGCCUUCAAAACCACAACCAUUCUUCCCUCCUUUCGUGGACUCUUUAUCCUAACAACUCCACCAAUUCUUCUACCCACCUUGGAACGGCAACUAGUCCAUGCAAAUGGUAUGGGAUAUCCUGCAACCAUGCGGGAAGUGUCAUCAAAAUAAACCUCACAGACUCGGGUUUAAAUGGUACGCUCCAAGACUUCUCAUUCUCAUCUUUUCCCAAUCUUGCAUAUGUUGAUAUCAGCAUGAACAACCUCUCUGGUCCUAUCCCACCCCAAAUCGGUCUCCUCUCCGAGCUCAAAUACCUUGAUCUGUCCAUCAACCAGUUCUCAGGAGGGAUUCCGUCAGAAAUUGGCCUAUUAACUAAUCUUGAGGUCCUGCACCUGGUUCAAAAUCAGCUCAAUGGUUCAAUUCCUCAUGAAAUAGGUCAGUUGGCAUCUCUUUAUGAGCUUGCUUUGUACACCAACCAACUGGAGGGUUCCAUUCCUGCUUCUUUGGGUAAUUUGAGCAACUUGGCCUCUUUGUAUCUCUAUGAAAAUCAACUUUCGGGUUCCAUUCCACCAGAAAUGGGAAAUCUCACCAACCUUGUUGAGAUAUACUCGGAUACCAACAACCUCACGGGUCCCAUCCCUUCCACUUUUGGAAAUUUGAAACGUUUAACCGUGUUGUACUUGUUCAACAAUAGCCUCUCUGGGCCUAUCCCACCAGAAUUAGGAAAUUUGAAAUCCCUGCAAGAGCUAAGCCUCUACGAAAACAAUCUUUCUGGUCCAAUCCCUGUGUCAUUAUGUGAUCUGAGUGGCCUAACCCUCCUGCAUCUCUAUGCCAAUCAACUUUCCGGUCCCAUUCCUCAAGAAAUAGGAAACUUGAAGUCUCUUGUUGAUCUAGAACUUUCUGGAAAUCAACUCAAUGGUUCCAUUCCUACUUCACUUGGUAAUCUAAACAAAUUAGAAAUUUUACACCUCCGCGAUAACCAACUUUCUGGUUACAUUCCUCAAGAAAUUGGGAGACUUCAUAAGCUGCGUGUGCUAGAAAUCGACACAAACCAGCUGUUUGGCUCUUUACCGGAAGGCAUUUGCCAAGGUGGAUCUCUGGUGCGCUUUGCAGUGAGCGACAACCAUCUCAGUGGUCCCAUCCCUAAAAGCUUGAAAAAUUGCAGAAACUUAACCAGAGCUCUGUUCCAGGGAAACCGACUCACUGGAAAUAUAUCUGAGGUAGUUGGUGACUGUCCAAACCUGGAAUACAUCGAUUUGAGCUACAAUAGCUUUCAUGGAGAACUCUCUCAUAAUUGGGGAAGGUACCCACAACUACAAAGGCUGGAGAUGGCCGGGAACAAUAUUACAGGGAGCAUACCAGAAGAUUUUGGAAUCUCAACUGAUCUACAAUUGCUUGAUCUUUCUUCAAAUCAUUUGGUUGGGGAAAUUCCAAAGAAAAUGGGAAGUUUAACUUCUCUGUUGGGGCUCAUACUGAAAGACAACCAACUUUCCGGGAGUAUUCCUCCUGAACUUGGAUCGCUGUCCACCUUGAGUAUCUAG